CUGAUCCCGCAGCGCCCACCUGCAGCCGCGGCCGCGCGCUAUGGCCCUCCACAUCGUUCCCCGGCGCGCGACGCUGCUCCCGAGUGUCCUCCUGGCCCUGUUGAUGCUGCUGUCGGACCCAGCUCAAAGCCAUCCCCCGGUGGUGCUGGUGCCUGGUGAUUUGGGCAACCAGCUGGAGGCAAAGCUGGACAAGCCAAAGGUUGUGCAUUACGUCUGCUCCAAGAAGACAGACAGCUACUUCACACUCUGGCUGAACCUGGAACUGCUGUUCCCCGUCGUCAUUGACUGCUGGAUCGACAAUAUCAGGCUGAUUUACAACAGAACAUCCCGGACCACCCAGUUUCCUGAUGGCGUGGACGUGCGUGUCCCUGGCUUUGGGAAGACCUUCUCGUUGGAGUUCUUGGAUCCCAGCAAAAGCAGUGUGGGCUCCUAUUUCCACACCAUGGUGGAGACCCUUGUGGGCUGGGGAUACACACAGGGUGAAGAUGUCCGAGGGGCCCCCUAUGACUGGCGUCGAGCCCCAAAUGAGAACGGGCCCUACUUCCUGGCCCUCCGGGAGAUGAUCGAGGAGAUGUACCGGCUGUAUGGGGGCCCCGUGGUGCUGGUUGCCCAUAGCAUGGGCAACAUGUACACGCUCUACUUUCUGCAGCGGCAGCCACAGCCCUGGAAGGACAAGUAUAUCCGUGCCUUUGUGGCACUGGGUGCGCCCUGGGGGGGCGUGGCCAAGACCCUCCGCGUCCUGGCUUCAGGUGACAACAACCGGAUCCCUGUCAUUAAGCCCCUGAAGAUCCGGGAGCAGCAGCGAUCUGCCGUCUCUACCAGCUGGCUACUCCCCUAUAACUACACCUGGUCCCCAGAAAAGGUGUUUGUGCACACACCUGCAGCCAACUACACGCUGCGGGACUACCGUCGGUUCUUCUGGGAUAUUGACUUUGAAGAUGGCUGGCUCAUGCGGCAGGACACAGAAGGGCUGGUGGCCAUGACGCCCCCUGGCGUGCCACUGCACUGCCUCUAUGGCACUGGGGUGCCCACGCCAGAAUCCUUCUACUAUGAGGCAUUCCCUGACCAUGACCCCAAGAUCUGCUUUGGUGACGGCGAUGGCACUGUGAACUUGGAGAGUGCCCUACAGUGCCAGGCUUGGCAAGGCCGCCAGGAGUACCCAGUGUCAUUACAGGAGCUGCCAGGCUGUGAGCACAUUGAGAUGCUGGCCAAUGCUACGACCUUGGCCUACCUGAAACGAGUUCUCCUCGGGCCUUGAUUGCAACAUUCGGGCAGGAUGUGCUUAGAAGACUUGGCCACGAGGCCUGUCCUUGGCCUCCAGGGCUGUCCUGCCCAAAGUCUGUGACCAGUCAUUGAAAGGCUGUGUGUGUCUCAGGCCUUGAAGCAUCCACACUGGGGAAGUGCUGUUUCUUGUUGUUCUUCUGUGGGAGUGAAAAAGAAGAAAUAAGUGUAAAUUCAAGGAACCAUGGAUGGGAAGAAUGCUGCUGAUGGAAUCGUGACCUCAGGAUUGGCCCUGUGGGGUGGACUGGCUGGCAGCUGCAGGGCCCCAGUCUGCAGGGCCAUGCAUUGCUCCUACUCCUGUGGCCUUUUCACACUUGGCCAUCAGGCCCAGGCCCCUAUGCCUUCCUGUGAGAGAUGAUACAGAGCUGUUUAUGGUCCCUGGCCCCUUAGGUGAUCCCUCCCAUGUAAUGGCCACAGGUUGGUCUGUCACCAGUCAUGGGUGGCCAGAGCUGCUGGCUUCCCUGUGGCCAGGACAGCAUGGAGCCCCCUGCAGGCAGGGCUGGUUUGUGUUUUCCAGGGUUCCUGGGGCCGGGGCAAUCGUUCUACUCCUACCUCCCUGACACUGAAGAGCGGAUUAGCUGUGCCUUGGGCAGCAGAUGGCUCUCCUGCAUCCGGGGGCUAUGUCCUGGGAACGCUGAGCCUGGGCUGAGGUGUUGACCAUGGUAUGGAAGCUGGCACCCUUCACCUGGUAGUGUGAUUGAAGGAGUGUCAGGCCAAGUGCCAUGGCUUUUAGGUACUGAUGAAGAAAGGGAGUGCAAGGAAACUGCCAAGAGCUGCUCUCUUGCCAACCCCACCACCACAUUGCAGCCCUGGCCAGGAUUUCUCUGGCAUCCAGUAGAGCUGGCACAGGGCUGAGGGGGUGGUGAAGCACCUGCUCCCACAAGUGGUAGAGUGGUAUUUAGUAUGUAGGGACCAGCCCAGAAACUAUAGUGGGUUACUUGAAAGAUCAGGUGCUGUGACACCCCCUGGAGGUCUCCUGUUAGCUCCAGGGAACCUGCACGGUUCUUUAUGUGGAGAUUGUAGCCCUGCCUUGGUGGCUGUGGGCUUCUGCCGGGCAGCUGGCCAGGAUUUGGGUCCAGGCCCCAAGUCAGGGCCCCAAAGCCAUCUUUGGGGACUGUGCCAUUUUCCCACAAGAUGUCUUUGAGGCUGGAUUCUCCCUGAUCCCUACAUGCCCAGCAUCUGUCUCUCCCUCUCUAAGUAUGCUUUACCUUGAUUCUGGCAAUAAAAGUAUUCUGGAUGCUG